AUGAGGAGGGCAAUCACUGAUGAGCGGCGCUGGACUUUCUUUCAUAUGGCAAUGUUGGCGUGGAUGUUACUGCUCACUGUGGGUGUGUCAGGACUGUCCUGGGGUCAGCGGACUGAACCCAUGUUUACCUCAGUAACUCAGAGUGUUUUCCCUCCCGACUAUGAAAAUAAUCCAACGCAGCUCAACUACGGUGUUGCUGUCACUGAUGUGGAUGGAGACGGAGAUCUGGAGAUGUUUGUGUCAGGCUACAAUGGGCCAAAUCUGGUGUUGAAGUAUGACAAGUUUAAGAAGAGGCUUGUCAACAUUGCAGUCGACAAUCGCAGUUCUCCAUAUUACGCUCUCAGAGACCGACAGGGCAAUGCCAUUGGAGUGACAGCAUGUGACAUAGAUGGUGACGGCAGGGAGGAAAUUUACGUCCUCAACACUAAUAAUGCCUUUUCAGGGAGAGCGACGUACACUGACAAGCUCUUUAAGUUUCGUAAUGGCCGGUAUGAGGAUUUGCUGAAUGAUGACGUAAAUGAACACAGAGACGUUGCUAAUCGUGUGGCUGGCCGCUCUGUCGCAUGUGUGGACAGAAAGGGAACAGGACGUUACUCCAUCUACAUCGCCAACUAUGCCAGCGGGACAGUAGGUCCACAUGCUCUGAUUGAAAUGGAUGAAAGUUCAAGUGACCCCUCGAAGGGAAUCGUUGCACUGUCCAAUGUGGCUGAGCAGGCCGGAGUCAACAAGUUCACAGGGGGACGGGGGGUCGUGGUCGGCCCGAUCCUCAGUCAGACCUUGCCCGAUAUCUUCUGCGACAACGAGUACAGUCCUAACUUCUUGUUUCGCAACAAUGGAGACGGGACGUUUACUGAUGUGGCGGCGCAAGUGGGAGUGGAUGACCCGAUGCAGCAUGGCCGUGGAGUGGCAUUAGCAGAUUUUAACCGGGAUGGGAAGACAGACAUUGUGUAUGGAAACUGGAACGGGCCACAUCGUCUGUUUCUGCAGCUCAGCAACAAUCGCAAAAAAAGGUUUAAGGAUAUUGCCACUCAGAAGUUUUCCAUGCCAUCUCCUGUUCGCACGGUUAUCGCUGCUGACUUUGAUAAUGACAAUGAACUGGAGGUUUUCUUCAACAACAUUGCCUACAGAGGACCAUCAGCCAACAGACUCUUCAGAGUUUCUCGGAGAGAGCAUGGAGAUCCACAGAUUGAGGAGCUGAACGUCGGGGAGGCCGCAGAGCCAGAGGGAAGAGGAACCGGAGCGGCUGUGACUGAUUUUGAUGGCGAUGGACUGCUGGAUCUACUGGUCACACAUGGCGAAAGUGCAGCUCAACCUAUCUCUGUGUAUCGAGUCACUCAGGGCUCUUCUAAUAAAUGGCUUCGUGUGAUUCCACGCACACAGUUUGGGGCUUUUGCCCGUGGAGCAAAGGUGAUUGUCUACACCAAGCGAAAUGGCCCUCACACACGCAUUAUAGAUGGAGGAUCUGGAUACCUAUGCGAGAUGGAGCCAGUGGCUCACUUUGGAUUUGGGAAAGAUGUGGCCACCAGUGUAGAAGUCUUCUGGCCAGAUGGACGCUCUGUGGCCAGGCCUCUGGAGCCCAGUGAUAUGAACAAAGUGAUGGAGAUCCAUUACCCAGAGAAUGAGGAGGAGGCGACCCCAGCGCUGGAGAUCGAGUGUGGGCCAGGAUUUGAGCUCAAUGAAAAUGGCCGUUGCACUGAUCAAGACGAGUGCACACAGUUCCCAUCCGUCUGUCCCUCAGAGCGACCCGUCUGCACCAACACCUACGGGAGCUUCAAGUGUCGUGCAAACAAGAGGUGUAACCAGGGAUAUGAGCCUAAUGACGAAGGGACAGCAUGUGUAGCUCAGGUGGCUUAUUUUGGAGGAAACAGAUCCUCAACCUCCAAACUCUUGGUUUCCUGUCUUUGGCCUCUUGUACUAACUCUCUUCGCUGUCUUUACUGCUUGCUUGGGGCCAUGA